AUGGCUCGCGACAGCUACAUUCAACAGAUAAUUGGUGCCGAGAAGUACGAACAGAUCAAGUAUGCAAAGGUUCUAUUGGUGGGUGCCGGGGGAAUUGGCUGCGAAUUGUUGAAGGACCUCAUCUUGAUGGGUUUUGGAGAGAUCCACAUUGUCGACUUGGACACAAUUGAUCUAUCCAAUCUAAACCGUCAAUUCUUGUUUAGAAAAAAAGACAUCAAGAAAUCAAAGGCAUUCACUGCCAUCAAGGCUGUCAACAAAUUCAAAUACGACCACACAAAGUUGGUUCCCUACAUGGCCAGCAUAAUGGAUUCCGACACUUUCAAUCUAGCUUGGUUUGAUCAAUUCCAUUUGAUUUUCAAUGCUUUGGAUAAUAAAGAUGCCAGAUCUUUUAUCAACAGGAUCUGUCUCUUUUUAAAGAAACCAUUCAUUGAAAGUGGGACAACUGGCUUUUUUGGUCAAGUCGUCCCCAUUUUUCCCUAUGAAUCCGAAUGUUACGAUUGUACAAUAAAAGAAACUCCCAAAUCAUUUCCCGUUUGUACAAUCAGAUCAACUCCCUCACAACCGGUUCACUGUAUUCAUUGGGCUAAAAAUUUCUUAUUUGCACAAUUAUUUGGAGAAAUAAAUGUUUCAGCUAAUAAUGAUGUCAAAACUUUAGGCUCGGAUAAUAAAGAAGAAAUUAAUACCCUAAUUAACGAGCAAAAUGAAUUGAUUAACCUAAGAAACUCAAUAUUUGAUAGUAAUUCUUCACUUGAAUUUGCUCUCAAUAUAAUUAAAAAGAUCUUUAUUGACGAUAUUAAUAAAUUGUUAAAAAUUGAUGAUUUAUGGAAAACAAGAAAGAGACCAAUUCCUCUAGAUAUUUCAUUAGUUAAAUUGCUUGAGAAUGACCGGAAAAGAGUAUUAUUAAAACAAUCAAAUAUUGAUGAGAUUUUAUCAAAUUUUCAAAAAUUGUGGUCUUUAAACGAAAACUUAAUUGUGCUAAUCUACUCAUUAAUCAAUCUAAGAAAAAGAAUAUUAAAUUCAAACAACCCUAGAAGCUUUAUAAUUGAUUUUGAUAAAGAUGAUGAGGACACAUUAAAUUUUGCUGCAUCAUCGGCUAAUAUUCGCUCAAUUAUUUUUGACAUCCCAGUUAAAUCUAAAUUUGAUAUAAAACAAAUUGCAGGAAACAUCAUCCCUGCUAUUGCUACAACUAAUGCAAUGAUGGCAGGUUUUUCUGCAUUGCAAUCUUUAAAUAACUUUAACGUUCUACAACAUUAUUUAGAAUCUAAAAUUGUCUUUACGUCAAUUGAAUCAAAAAGUAUGACCAAUCCAUCUCAAUUAUUUCCUGGCUCAAAAACUUGUGCUUCAUGCACCGUUCUUCGAGAAUUAUUAAAAAUUAAAGAUAUAGACAAUGAAAAAUUAACCUUGAGAGUAUUAUUAAAAAAAAUAUUAAACAAUAUCAACUAUAAAAAACAUUUUAAAGAUUCAACUAACGAAGAUGAUCAAGAUAAUAACAAGCCAGAAAUAUCAAUAGUCAUCGGUAAAAACAGAUUAAUAUACGAUAUUGAAUUUGAUGAUAAUCUAGACCGCUCGUUAAAAUCAUUGGGUUUUAAAGAAAAUCAAAUCUUGACUAUAAAGGAUGACGAUGACAUUAAAACUGAAAUCGAACUAUACAUUCUAGAAGAUAAAACUCUUUCCAAUGAUAUCUAUAUACCAAAAAUUGAUAAUGUUCCAGAAAAACCCAAAAAGAAAAAACCUAAGGUAGAACCAGAUACAAACCCUAAUGAGCCAAUCACCUUUGAUGAUGAAGAUGACGAUGAAAACAAAAAACAAGAUGAGGAUAUUCUCGAAGACACAGACGACUUCAUCACCAUCUUGGACGAUGGGGACGAACCGGACAGCAGUCAGCUCAACAACACAAUGCUGCAAGAAGAUAUCUCUGCAAUGAACGAGAAGAGAAAGAUCGAAGACCACGAGCUCGACCACCAGACCAAGAAGAUCAAAAUCGAUCUCAGCCUAGACGACUAG